UGAGCUGACUAUUGUCUAGUCUAGAUAAAGGAAAACAGAUUUUAUGAGGAAGAAAAAAAGUCGUGCAGUGGGAGUCUAGUUUUCUUUUUCUUUUUCUUUUUUUUUGCUCUAUUGGUGAUCAUGUGCAUUUGUGUGCGAGAUAGUUAUGAAAACUGCUUUAAUUGUAACAUGGCUAUUGGCACAAGGUUUAGAACAAUUUCAAUAUCUAUAUGAGGACAAAAGUGUCUGCACCUUUGUGGGGUAGAAGCUUUUUUGGAUAAACUUACCAUUUCCUGAAAAUUAAACACUGAACACAUUACAAAAGUGUUCUUUCGCAGUGAUAUUGAGAGUUUUCAUCAAAAGAUUGGUACAGUGCGUUCCUAAAGGCAUGGACAUGGUCAGCAACAAUACUCAGCAGAUCCAGCAGUGGAGACGUUUUUCUUCAACCAUGCUUCUGAAAAGAAACACCUGCCUGUUGGCUUUUCUCUUGUGUUCCUUGACCUUGUGGUGCAAGUCAACCAGUGCGGGCUCCAGCUUCCUCAGCCCAUCACAGAAACCUCAGAACAAAGUGAAGUCCUCCAGAAUUGGUCGCCAAGCCAUGGAGGAGCCAAAUCAAGCCAAUGAGGACAAAACCAUCACACUAAGUGCGCCCUUUGAAAUUGGCGUCACUUUAAGAGCAGAAGACUUGGCGGACUACAUUGUAGAGCUGCAGGAGAUCGUGCAACGCCUGCUGGGAAACACAGAAACAGCAGAGAGACCAUCUCCUCGUUGAAGAUCAGAGACUGUGUCAGUGUUUUCCAUUAUUAGCUUUAGUUAUCUAAGUUAUUAGACUGUGGUUAAAUAACAUGAAAUACAAGAUAAAUGAAUGAUGCCUAAAACAUUAAAAUGCUUACUAUGUGACCCUGUGUGUAAAAUGGAACACAUCAAUCAGCCAAAUAGCAUUUCCUGGAGAUUUCAGCCUCUUCAGAUUAUGUUCAUCAUCAAGGGGUUGGUUCAGCUGUCAUUAUGAAUUUCACAGGGUGCAGCUGCAGGAAAAAUGUCUCCCAAACACCCAAACGUUUAACUCACACUCUGACAUUUUGCAUUCAUUAUUAAAAUUCCUGUGUCAGCAGAGAAAUACGAUCUAAUGUUAGUCUGUCUCUUUAGGAUUCGAGUAUGCCUUAUACAAUAAAGCAUCA